AUGAACACGGACAAGACUGACGUGGUCGAUGUAUCACGCUCAGAGAUCCCAAACUAUGGAAAAAUGAGACUUUCGAAGAAGCUUGGCUCUCUGCUUGGAGACCGAGAAGACAUCAUGCGGAGAAAACUACUGGCCGCUGUUGCUCUAAAAUCCGUCAUGAAAGAUUGGCUACGAUAUUGUCCCGGGAAACCAUCACUACGCUCUAGAAUCUACAACGCUUUUGUCAAACCGGUACUACUGUACAACUCAUCUACAUGGGGCAUCUCUGACACCGAACUAAAGAAUCUUGACUCGUUUCACAGAAAACAGCUUCGCGUCCUAAAUGGCCUGCAUUGGCCUAAGAAAAUUAACAACUCAUCGCUCUACAAACUCAGUAACUCGGUGCCAGUCAGCCAGGACAUCAUAGAUGGCCGCUGGAGGCUCUUCGGACACGUCCUGAGAAUGGACCCGUCCUCACCUGCUUACCAAGCCAUGGAAGAGUACUUUCUCUCGGAUAGCCCAAAGUUUCGCGGACGUCCCCGCACAACACUGCCGGUUGCGCUGGAACACGAUCUGAAACACGUGGGCAAAACCUUGAAACAAUGCGAGGACUUGGACGAACUGCGAUGGCUUGCACAAAACCGCAGAGGAUGGCAAACGAUGGUUAAGAAGAUUGUAUCGUGUGUGGCACGUGUGGGGAUAUAA